AUGUAUGUGAGUUUGAGACGUUGUGCUGGAGGCGCUGCAAAACCACAUUGGGGAGAACCGCCAAAGAAUAGGUGGCAACCUUUUAUUCCGGAUAGGAUGCAUUACGGGGAGCAUCCCACGUACACAGGUUUUGUGUUGUGGCUUCGCGGCCUUAGACCCAAAAUCGAAUAUCUAGGAGCUUCAACUUGGAAUACUACAACACUGCUAGCAUCGUUAGUUUAUAGGCCUAUUAGGAAAUCUUACAUUAAGCAUAACCCUGACGUCAGAUAUCAAUUCAUUGCCCUCCUAUCAUUCCUAUCCACUACUUGGGGCAUAACUUAUUUAAUCAAUCUACAUUAUCAAGGCAUAAUUGAUAUAUCACAGUUGCUCUCUCUUGGAAUCGCUAAUGAUUUAAAUGAGCAUGGCUUUUGGAACUCAAAGACUGAGACACUUAAUGACAAAGUGGCACUUUUUAAUGCAAAUGUUAAAAGAUUGGACAAAUUGUGGGAGGAUGCCUUGUUUGAUGCAACUGAAAAUAACUCCUUUGAAAAAUUGUGCAACUAUUUGAAGGUGGAACCUAGUGAUGUACCUACGGGGGUCAUCCCUUCGACAGUUUGGAAUUUUAACAUGAUUCCUUAUGGCAAAGAUAACCCAGAUACUCAAGUGUUUACUGAACCUGCAGUGCAAAAGCCUCUACGCUCGGUUGCCAUCAAUUUUACCUACAAUAAUCAAUUUGGGAAUUGGGGGGAUUAUAUCGAUAGACAAGACAACAAGGGUCCGCUGAUGCGUCCAGCAAGGCCUCUAUUUACAGAUAUUUACAUUCCUACCACGAAAUGA